AUGGCCACAAAUGAGCAGAUUAAAACUAGGCGUUUAUUAAAGAGGAGAGUGAAGAUUGAAGAAACAUUCACAGUCAAACAGGAAGAUCUGCAGGAACAAACAGACCUAAUUGAAGAGAAUGAGGGGAGUAAAGAGGAGGAACAUCAUGUCAAAAUUGAGGAAAAAACCCAUUUUCAGACUGAUGGUAUUUUGAAAAGGAGAGACAAGAAUCGUUGCACCUGCACUCAGUGUGGAAAGACGUUGGCAAGCAAAAGCAAACUUAAGAUUCACAUGAUGAACCACACUGGAGAGAAACCAUUCAAAUGCACUCAGUGUGGGAAGAGUUUUAGCCAAUCAUCACACCUCAAUCGACACACGAGGAUCCACACUGGAGAGAAACCAUUCACAUGCAUUCUAUGUGGGAAGAGUUUUAACUGCUCAUCACACCUUAAUCUACACAUGAGGAUCCACACGGGAGAGAAACCAUUCACAUGCACUCGGUGUGGGAAGAGUUUUAGCCAAUCAUCAUCCCUUAAUCAACACAUGAUGAUCCACACUGGAGAGAAACCAUUUACAUGCACUCAGUGUGGAAAAAGUUUUAACUGCUCAUCACACCUUAAUCUACACACGAGGAUCCACACUGGAGAGAAACCAUUCACAUGCACUCAAUGUGGGAAGACUUUCAGCCAAUCAUCAUCCCUUAAUCUACAUGUGAUGAGCCACACUGGUGACAAACCAUUCACAUGCACUCAAUGUGGGAAAAGUUUUAGUCUGUCAUCAUCCCUUAAUCUACACAUAAGGAUCCACACUGGAGAGAAACCAUUCACAUGCACUCAGUGUGGGAAGAGUUUUAGCCGAUCAUCACACCUUAAUCAACACAUGAUGAUCCACACUGGAGAGAAACCAUUCACUUGCACUCAGUGUGGGAAGAGUUUCAGCUGCUCAUCAUCUCUUAAUAAACACAUGAGGAUCCACACUGGAGAGAAACCAUUCACUUGCACUCAGUGUAGGAAGAGUUUCAGCUGCUCAUCAUCUCUUAAUCAACACACAAGGAUCCACACUGGAGAGAAACCAUUCACAUGCACUCAGUGUGGAAAGAGUUUUAACUGCUUAUCACACCUUAAUAAACACAUGAGGAUCCACACUGGAGAGAAACCAUUCACAUGCACUCAGUGUGGGAAGAGUUUCAGCCAAUCAUCAUCACUUAAUCAACACAUGAGGAUCCACACUGGAGAGAAACCAUUCAUAUGCACUCAGUGUGGGAAGAGUUUUAACUCCUCAUCACACCUUAAUAAACACACGAGGAUCCACACUGGAGAGAAACCAUUCACAUGCUCUCAAUGUGGGAAAAGUUUCAGCCGAUCAUCAUCCCUUAAUCUACACAGGAUGAGCCACACUGACAAGAAACCAUUUACUUGCACUUAAGCCGUGGUCACACUGGACUUUUCUCCCUAUAGACUUCCUUUCAUAUGCACGCGAAUGCGUCACACCGGAAACCAAGUUCGUGCGUCAAGUUUCACAGUUCACUGCGUUGCAAAGUUCAAGCUUGGUGAACUCUGACGUGCAAAAUCGUAUCACUUGACUGUAAGGCCAAACAAAGAUCAAAAUAUGACCUCUCUGGAUAGAAAUUUAAAAUGGCCAAACGCUCACUUUUUAAAAUGUCUAAUCAUUUGUUUAAUCCCGCCCCAUUUUGCAGCACCAUACAACAGAAUUUUGCAUGCUCAAACUGUAGAGGUGGAACAUCUGGAUUGUUCUGAUAGUCUUUGAAAACUGGAGACUCUGGUAAGAGAGUAAAGGGCUCAGAGAAUUUCAUCCAACAAAAUCUUUAAUGAGUGCCUGUAUUAGUACAGGUCACCUGUUGUUGGUAUAGGUACAAAUGGGGUGUGAGUGUGUGUGUGUGUGUGGUCUGAAACAUAAAAUGGGCAAAUUGAAUAUCAAAAAAAUA